AUGGAGGAGCUUUUACGCGAGCAGGAGAGUUGGGCGCAUAAUGUUUCGUGGAUUAUCUCGAGUCGUGGAAACGAAAGCCAUGUGGGGAACAACACAGUGAAUCCUUUGAAACGAAACGAAGAAGUGGCCAAAGUGGAGGUUACCGUCCUGGUGCUGGUGCUUGUGCUCGCUCUGACCGGGAACCUGUGCGUCCUGUGGGCGAUCUACACCACCAAGCACAGCCAGUCUCGAAUGUAUUACUUCAUGAAGCACCUGAGCAUCGCUGACCUCGUCGUCGCGGUCUUUCAGGUCCUACCGCAGCUCAUUUGGGACAUCACGUUUCGUUUCUACGGGCCGGAUCUGCUGUGCAGGGUGGUUAAAUACCUCCAGGUCGUGGGUAUGUUUGCGUCCACCUACAUGUUGGUCCUGAUGUCCGUCGACAGGUGCGUUGCCAUCUGCCUGCCGCUGCGCUCCGUGCACAAGGGGAAGGAUCGCUUCUGCGUGCUCGCCUCGUGGACCCUCAGCCUGGUGUUCAGCGCUCCGCAAGCUUACAUCUUCUCUCUGCAGGAGGUCGGGGACGGUGUGUACGACUGCUGGGGGGACUUCGUGCAGCCGUGGGGGGCCAAAGCGUACAUCACAUGGAUGAGUCUCAGCAUUUACAUCCUCCCAGUGGCUAUUUUGAGCGUCUGCUACGGGUUAAUAUGUUUCAAAAUAUGGCAAAAUUUCAAUUUAAAAACUAGGAGGGAUCACUUCCUGACCCUCGCCUCAGCCAAGGCCUCCAAAAGCGCGCACCCGCUCUCUCGCGUGAGCAGCGUGAGGCUCAUCUCGAAAGCAAAGAUUCGCACAGUGAAAAUGACGUUUGUCGUGGUGCUUGCCUACAUCGUGUGCUGGACCCCCUUCUUCUUCGUCCAGAUGUGGUCUGCCUGGGAUCCCGCUGCACCAAGAGAAGACAUGGCCUUUAUCAUCGCCAUGUUGCUGGCCAGUCUCAACAGCUGCUGCAACCCCUGGAUCUACAUGUUCUUUGCCGGUCACCUGUUCCACGACCUGGUGCAGUGCUUCUCCUGCUGCUGUCGACGGCACCUGGCAGACUCCUCCUGUGGCUUCGAUCAACCCGGCAGGCACAAGAGGAACGGCUCCACUUACGUCAUCAAGAACACCAGCAGCCAGCGGAGCCUCACGCACACGUCCAGCACAGGGGGGCCGGGACAUUGAAAAGCCAGCUGAACGCCAUCCAAGCAUCCAAGCUGCUGUUGAGUAGUGAGGCAAUCAUGCCGUUCCCAUAUCCAAUUAUCUGCUGCGCUGCUGUGGUGGU